UGUCGACGAUCCUUCUUUUUCCGAAGUAAAAUCUAGUAGCACCACCUACCUUGAUAAUUCAUGAUGGACGAAAUCUUUGAAGCGGGGCCGCCUGCAGGAGAAGACCUUCCCAUACACUCCGCCGCAGCCACGGGCGACACGAUAAAAAUAUCCGAAUGCAUACAGCUCGGUCAAGACGUCAACGCGUAUGACAGAAGAGGAGUUCCGCCGUUACAGCAUGCCAUUCUCACCGGCGGCAUCGACUGCGUUCGCUUUUUAUUGUCUGUGGGUGCGGACCCGUUACAAAGGCGGAUUGACGGGGCUCAAGGAUUUGAUGAUGAUUCUUUGACAACAACGGCACGAUGGAAUAAUGUGGCCAUUUUGAAAGAGCUAUAUGAACGGGACGCUCAAGAACUAAGCGAACCUUUACUUGCGGCUGUGUCAUGGGGGAGUAUCGAUACCGUAAGAGUGAUCCUCGAAUACGAUCAACAGGCAUCAACCACGCAGAUUAGCAAAGAAACUAUUUUGAGGGCUCUGGAGGAUGCUGCUAGGCUUUGGGCUGCAGAUCUUGUAGAACUUCUCAUGCCGGCUGUUGCAAAUGUAUCGGACAACGAAACUGAGAGGCGAUAUGCCUUCAGCCAGGCUCUGCUAUCGGUGAACAGAGAGAUUAUGGAGCCCGAUGAUCUAUUGGGUGACAGCAAUUCACCUGCUUGUGACUGGAAGAAAGCACUUGAAGUCACGAAAUUGUUGGUAGAGGCAGGCGGCGACAUCAACGCAAAAGACGAGGCGCAAAAAACAACACCGCUACACCAUGCUUUAGCUCAGACACCGAAGCUCCCUAAGGAUCUGAUCAUUUACCUCCUUGAAAACGGCGCCGAAGUCGCUGCAGAAGACUGGGAAGGAGUGACACCCUUUCAAAACGUUCUAGCUCACCCAGACGGCGCAGAGUUGAUCAGAGUGUUCAUCGAUGCUGGGGCAAAUCCUAAUGCUCGGAAUAGCACUGGAAACUCUCCACUGCAUUUCGCCUGCAGCGAGUUCUCUGCACAGCUUUUAAUCGAUCUCGGGGCCGACGUAGAGGCGGUCAACGACAAAGGGCAGUUACCACUUCACACAGCAGUUGGGUCGGGAUUCCCUGAAGUCGCCGAACUAUUGAUCCGACACCGCGCCGCUGUCAAUAGAGCGACUACUGAUGGAUAGACAACUUUGAUGUCCACUGUAGACAUUGAACGCCACGUCGCUACUAAGAGCUUUAACGGGCAUUCCAUUCAAUAAUGUUGGCAGAGAUGCCGCGCAACUACUUCUUGAUAGAGGUGCUAGCACUAGUGUCAAAGACCGGGAAGGUCGACAUGCGUUUGAGGUCAGAGGUCCAGAGGCUACACGAUCAGUCAAGACAGAAAACUUGAAAGCAGUUUGUGGUGGUAAUGAGGUCCUGAUUUCUCCGGGAUGCGUUCGGAAUUCAAAUCUGGCUCUAAAAGUCAAGUUUACUAGUAGUGAGAAAACUACACGUCACACAAUUGCGCAGAUCAUUUUCGAAGUUAUAGACGACACGAUCAGAAUAGCAAUCAUUCAUUGAGAUUGGAUGGAAACAACACUGUUCAUUAUGCGAAUAGGGCACCACUUCAAUGAACAUGUAUUGAUAGUUGAUGACCCAGAUUUGGUGCAUAGUCUCUGAUCAUUGGAUCUAGAAC